GUCGGUUUGUGUCCCCCUUUUUGUCGCCGCGAGAGAGUGGACGCGCCGGGGGCUCGAGGAGCAGAAGCGGGCUGUCCACAUGGUCCAACCACUGGCGUGAAAGUUGACUUCUUCAGAAAACAAGAGAACAGGUGCCAGUGAUGAUGGUGGAAUCAGCCUCUGAGACCAUUCGAACGACGCCGUCCAACCAGAACGGAGUCAGCAGCCUCAGCAGCCAAUCAGAUGGAGGGGGAGGUAGAGAGGGCGGGUCAAACGGCGACACCAACGGAGAGAUCAGCCCGGUCGACUUACUGCACCUGCAACAGCAACAGGCGCUCCAGGCAGCCAGACAGUUCCUCCUCCAGCAGGCCUCUGGACUCAACUCCCCUGGCAGCAACGAGGUCAAACAGAGCCCUGUGCAGGUGCCUGUGUCCAUGGCUAUGAUGAGCCCACAGAUGAUCACUCCUCAACAGAUGCAACAGAUCCUGUCUCCCCCUCAGCUCCAGGCCCUGCUGCAGCAACAGCAGGCUCUAAUGCUACAGCAGUUACAGGAGUACUACAAGAAGCAGCAGGAGCAGUUGCAUCUCCAGCUUCUGACUCAGCAGCAGCAGCAACAGCAACAGCAGCAGCAGCAGCAGGCUGGGAAGCAAGCGGCAAAAGAGCAGUUAGGCAGUAAGCAGUUGGCCUUCCAGCAGCAGCUGAUCCAGAUGCAGCAGCUUCAGCAGCAGCACAUCCUCAACCUCCAGAGACAAGGCCUGGUCCCACUGCAGCCCACCGCCACCAUGCAGUCUCUGCAGCAAGCGAUGUGUCCGUCAGACCUCCAACAGCUGUGGAAGGAGGUGUCAGGGGUGCCGAGCAGUGAGGAGGCCCUGAAACAGGCCGAGGGCCUGGACUUGAGCACCAACAGCUCCAAUUCUACCUCAGCUUUCCCCAAAGCUGCCAGCGCUCACAUCCCACUGCACAGCCUGGCCAACGGACAGAGCCACACCCCAAAGAGAGACAGAGCCAGACUGUUUGAGUGGAUAUCCUCCUUCACCAAGGCAGACAGCGGAGAUGACCAUGUCCCCCUUUACUCCAAAGGCAGCCAACCCCCCAGCAGCCAUCAUGAGGAGCAUGCCGGCUCCCAUCCUCUCUAUGGCCACGGAGAGUGUAAGUGGCCUGGCUGUGAAGCACUGUGUGAGGACAUGGGACAGUUCAUCAAGCACUUGAACAAUGAGCACGCCCUAGAUGACCGCAGCACUGCUCAGUGCCGAGUCCAGAUGCAGGUGGUUCAGCAGCUGGAGAUACAGCUGGCAAAAGAGAGCGAGCGACUCCAGGCCAUGAUGGCCCACCUGCACAUGCGCCCCUCAGAGCCAAAGCCUUUUAACCAACCUCUGAACCUGGCUUCCAGUGGCUCUCUUUUAAAGCGGGACAGCGAGGCCUACCCAGAGGGUCUUCCUCACCCCCCCACCUCAGCUGCCACCCCCAUCACCCCACUGCGCCAGGGACCCUCGGUCAUCAGCUCCUCCAGCCUGCACACACACUCCCACUCCCACACGCACGGUGUUGGGCCCAUACGUAGGCGCAACUCUGACAAGUACUGCACCCCCAUCGCCUCAGAGCUGGCUCAGAACUGUGAGUUCUACAAGAACGCUGAUGUCAGGCCACCCUUUACCUACGCCUCUCUUAUACGUCAUGCCAUUCUGGAGUCCCCAGACAGACAGUUGACUCUCAAUGAGAUCUACAACUGGUUUACACGAAAGUUUGCCUAUUUCAGGAGAAACACAGCCACAUGGAAGAAUGCUGUGCGCCACAACCUGAGUCUGCACAAGUGUUUUGUUCGUGUUGAGAACGUGAAGGGGGCCGUGUGGACUGUGGAUGAAGUUGAAUACCAAAAGAGGAGACCACCAAAGAUGACCGGAAGUCCCACUCUGGUGAAAAACAUGAUUUCAGGCCUGGGCUUUGGAUCCCUAAAUGCCAGCUACCAGGCGGCUCUGGCAGAGAGCAGUCUGUCGCUGCUGAACAGCCCUUCCCUGCUGACCCCUCCGUCUGCGGCCAGCCUCAACAUGCUGCAUGUGGGCCACGAUGAUGUCAGCUCCACUGUGGAGCAGGUCAACAGCAACGGAAGCUGCAGCCCCACACUCAGCCCUCAACAGUACAGCCACCCGGUGCAUGUGAAGGAGGAGCCCACCGAGGUGGAGGAGGACAGCCGGCCAGUCUCCCUCCUUGCCGGCGUCACACACAGCCUGCCAUUGCCGAGCGACGAGCGCGACCUAGAGGAGGAUCUUCCCACCGAGGAGCUGGAGUAGGACGGAUCCGAGGCGGAGACCAGAGGGACGAGACAUAGCGAGAUCAAUCCCUCGUCAGCGUGAAGAGGAAAAGAUAGCUACAGUACGCUUAAGAGAAAAGAGAGAAAAAAAGAGAAUGUUUGUUUUUUUGUUGUUGUUUUUAAGAAAGUGCGAGCAACCAAGGACGACAUUGAGAAACUCCAAACAGGGUUAGAUGACCUCCGUUACUUUCAGACGCAAAAACAAGACUUUGGAGCACUGCUUUACCUCCAUGUGUUUCUUUUCCAACACUUGGCUCAGAGGUGUAACACCACUCAAUGCAUACACGCUCACACAGACACGCACACACACACAUUCACUUGUCAAACCACGUCUCAUCGUCCUCCCUGGUCAGAUCAGCCUCUGUGUAGAGACCCCUAGAGGCUGGGACACACACUCUCGUCCUCGCCUCACCGCUCUGCAUAUACCCUCCUCACUGUUGUCUCGGGCUGCCCGGCUAGCCGUUUUUAUCUCUGCGUCAGUUGAGAAGACACACAGGUGUGUGCGCGUGGGAAAGAGGAAGACACACACACUCACAUCGGAUCAUGUGUAUAUAGAUUUGGAGCAGUCACCAGGGGCUGUGCAGUAUACCUCUCCCUCUCCCCCCUCUUUGAGUCAAUCACUUGCUUUUUCAUUUUCUUUGAUUUGAUUGAAAUGAAACUGUUGGGCUUCGAGGUGGGAAGGAAGGAAGAGCGCUUUCAAAGAUUACCUCCAACAGUGCUCCAACGCUGACCUGGCGAGGCUGGCCUGGCGAGGCUGACCUGACGGAGGCGGCGUGGCCCUGGUCCCUGUCCAAACUUCUGCCCCCCAGGACAGGACACUUAGUGACGGACAUCUUUUAAACUCUUUGCUUCUAAGUGAGAUAAAAAAAGAAGACAUUUUCCUAGCCCACCUCCAUCCCUUCCCACCCACCCCCACCCCCCGAAAAGACUGCAGGAAUAGGACCAUGUGGUGCUGUCCUUCUCCUCUGCUCCGUCUGCUGGACGGAGGGAUGAGCUUGGAACACUUAGAGAAGGAGAAGAAAAGAGCGGAAGCAGAGAGAAACGAGGGAGGAAGCGUCUACAGAAAUAUUGUGAUUAAAAAAAGAAAACUGUUGAUUAUGGAAUAUAACAAGAAAAAAAAAACGUGUGGUAGCUUUUGUCAUUUCCUUUUUUUAUUUGAUGUUAUUAUCAUUGUUUAUUUUGGAGGAUCAAUAUUUCCACGGUGGCAUUCUGUUUCGACGUACAUUUUCUAAGGAUGCUGUUUUUGUUUUUGUAUUGUAAUUUGUUUGAUUUACUCUGGCUGUUCACACCAUUCCAAAUGAGUAUUGGCAAAAAAAAAAAAGAAAAAGAAAAAAAAGAAAGCGCAGUAUUGUCCCAACUUGUGAUACCCGACCCCCACUCCUGCCCCUCCCCCUUUCUGCCCCAUGUGUAGCAGGCAAGAAAUUUGGAAAUAGCACUUAAGGUUGCCAUGAUCCAGACAGAUUAUUUAACAGCUGAAUCCUCUUUUUUUUAAAUUCUCUCUCACUCACUUGUUUUCGGUUGUGUAUUUAGUUGAGAAAUAUCAGUAAUGCUUUAAAAAUAUAUAUAUUAUUACUGCAGUCAGAGAAUACCUCAUCCCACAAAGGUUCUGCCUGGAACUGUGUCCAAAUUGAUAAACAAAUAAGGGGGAACUCUUUCUGUGGGACACCAAAUGUGGCAACUCUGCUCAGCUUCGAUUCAAAGCUCUAUGGUUGUAAUAGUUACUGUGUAGAAGCUAUCUGCAAUUCACUGUGUGAGUUUGUGUUAAAGGAAUAGCACGUGAGAUUUUCUUUUUUUUUUUGGUUUGUUUUCUGUGAGCAUAAAAGCAUUACUUUUCUCUACAGUGCCAUACCAAAUUUAACAUUUAUUUUAAUCUAUUAUCUGCUUAUUCCCAUUUUAUUUUUGUUACAGGUAACCAAAGAAAUAUGUAGAAAACCAAAAACCCUGUUUUUUAUUUUGCCCUUUUUGAGUUUCUUUUUUUUCCCCAUUUUUAAAGAAUUGGCCAAAAGACAACAAACCAGGAGUUUGAAUUCUUCUUAUUGUAUUCAUAUAACUAUUGUGUUGAAAUUAUACAUGACUUACAGUGCUGACCAUUCCAAAAAACCAAAGUGUGUGAAGCAAACUAGAAUUUGGAGACAUCAAAGCUUUUACAUGAUAAGCGGUUAUGAAUGACUCACAUUAGGUUUGAGGCCAAAAACUAGUAUUAGCAAACCUCGCUCGGUUCUUCUGGAAAACAAAAAGAAAGAGAAAAGAAAAAAAAGCACUUAGAGGUGAAACCCUGUCUCUCCCACGCUCAGGCUAAACCGUGUUCCAAACACAAUCCAAGGACUGGCCCGACUACUGUAUGAGCAGACCUAAAAACGAGGCACUUGUGAGGCAUUUGAACACAACAUAAAUGUACCUUUACACCCUGAGAUGCCAAUGCCAACAAAGAGAGGUUAAAUACAGAAUGAGAAUAUUUGGCUCCGUCAAAUCAACCUGGCUUUACUUUUCCUGGUGCUGUCGUAAUUUGGGAUUUUUCAAUCUAGGAAAUAAACGAACCCUCCUGAUCUGUGUGCAGUAUUUGCAGGAAGUGUACAGUAACAUGGUUACAAAAGUCACAUCUACGGACAGAGAGGAGUUAUCCCCAAAACAUAUAUCUUACAAUAAAGAGGGAACGACUAAAACUAAUGAAAAAUAUACCAAUGUAAGAGGAAAACAACCAAGGGACAUCAUGUAAUUAAAAGUUGGGUUCAUAUUUUCAUACUUUUUCUCGAACUAUCUCUUGCACUUCAGACGAUUUUUCUUAUUUAAUGAAUGAACCUUUCUGAUGACUUUGUGUUCAAACAGGACUGUUUCCUGUCACAUUAGAGACUGAUUUCUAACUAAGUACAAAGUGGCAGACAGGCAUCUUGAAACGAGAUAAAAACCAAAAAUAACACUACCUCCUUUUCAAAAUGGUUCAACACAACGGGAGACUGAACUCUCUUCAAUAUUUUUUUUCUCCAUUCUUCCUGGAUGAUAAUAAUGAAUGCCAAAAUUGUUGUUACACUUACUGUAUGACUGACAAAAAAAAAAAAAAAAACUGGCUAUUUGGCGAUCUGGACUCCCUAACACAUCUGCUUGAGCCCAAAAACAUAGAGACGUUUCACUUUCCAUGGAAUUAAAAAUGACUACCUCUCCUUAAACCACAUCUAAAGCACUCUCUACGUCUCAAAGUGUGUUGUGAAGUGCUCGCCACAUGUGAAAAGUUUCCUGUCAGCUGUGUAAAACUGACCGUACUCCUGCACCCGGUUCUCACUGACCAUCGCCAACAGCCUCCCAGCUGCUCUGACUGCAUGUGUGCAUAUUCAUGAUCUCAGCCAAUGAGAAACUGGUCGUUAGCGGCUACGUGGUGCUGCAGGGAGCUGGCUGUCAGGCGUAACGAUGGGCAGAAUAUAUCAGUGCAAACACACACGCGUGCACGUACAUACACACACACACACACACACACACACACACACACAGGGGUAUACCAGAAGCCUAGAAGCAGGGCUAUGGGUUAGUGCAACGGAGGCUCUGACCAUCCAGAUAUCCAAAGACCCACAACGCAGCGGCACCCGCUUCACCAAAACACUCGCAGAGACGCUGAGAGGACUAACACACACUUAAAGAAACUCAUCACUACUACUAGUAAUAUCCAAACCAAGAGGAACUGCUGCAUACAGUACAUAGAUGAUCUCUGACUUGUGCUUUAAGGUACACCUGUAAACAAAGCUGUUUUAUAAAGAUGUAGAUUGUUCACAGGUCGCCAUGUAACACUUCUGUUCUUUCUCCAGCUUGGCAUAACAUGAUGUAUUCUUGUAUAUUAAUGCUUGACUUAUCUCUCCAGGGCAUUCUUUCCCAUUUUGUCCUAUGAUUUCCUCUUCUUUUUUUGGGUUUUUUUCUGCACCUGUUUAGCUAUUGUAAAGCUUUCAGCUCUGAUUCCUAUACUGUACUGCUAAUGCUGAAGUAUAUGUAUUUAUCAUAUUAAGUGCUGCAGGUAUCUUGGUUUAUUAGUUUUGUUUUGUUUGUUUUUUUUCCACUUUUUCAGUUCUUCAUAAAACGUCUGGGACGCUGAUUUUUUAAGUGUAUUAUCUCUAAAAAAAAUUAAAAGAAUAAAAGUUAGAUCAGUGGUUUAGGUAACACCUGUUUGUAUAUUUAUCUUAGCUAGGUCUAUUUUGAUACUUUUUUGUCUCUGUACUGCAUUUAUGCAUUUUUAAGGAAAGAAAAAAAAACUAAUGGAAAACAAACUAAAAAGUUUCUUCAUUAUGUAUUGAUACCUCAGAAGGACUUUUUCUCAAAGACAGGACCAAAACCUCCGAAAAGAAAAUGAGAAAGAGGAAAAAAUGUAAGAAUAUGUAGCCCCUCUCUUGCUUUAAAAAAAUGCGGAGCUCUAGAAAGGUAUUGCUUUUGGUCCUCUCAGGUGCCAAUAUGUGUCCCAGCUCCCUGUGACCCCUCCCUCUGACCCCUGACCCCUGUCAUUCCUGUGCUGAACUCCGACCCGCAGAGCUGUCAAUCAUCUGCAGGCAAACCGUGGGGGUGUUGCUGAGCCACGCACCUGGCUGGUGGUGACCAGUAACAAACCUCACCUCCCAGUCCCACAGAGGCAGAUCAAAGACUUGACACUGCAUUUUUGAUACUCCUCCUCUCGCGUAGUCUCAAUACCAAAAUGUGGAAUGGCUCUCAGAGAUGCAGCUCAUCCUCUGACUACCAAAGGCAUUGCAAGCAACCAUUUGCUAAGUCCAAACUCCUGAACUGUAACCAAACUGUAACCAAACCAAUGCCACAACCUUAACCAAACAAAAACCAAGCUACUUCCAAAACCCUCCAUCGACUUUACCGAUCACCUUUAUUGAAAGCUGUUAUCUCACGUACAUCCACGUAAUGGUGUUAUAGGAGCAGCCCGAUUGGCUGAUAACUGACUCAAAGGACACAGGGGGCCCAAAUCCUGAUGUGUGAUUGGACAGUUCUGAGGUGUCAUGUGAGGGGGAAGGGACUCUCAAAGUGGAGCUUUGCCUGAUGGUAUUAUUAAGUAGACAGCCAGAAUCCGAUGGAACUACCACUUCAGCUCUCCUCUGGUUAAACCUUAGGAAUGUGUGUACAUUUUCAGCAGUGACUCUCUGAAUUGUUUCUUAGUUUCAGUUUACCUGUUUACCUCUCUUUAUCCUUUGGUUUUUGUUCUGUUUCUUGUUUUUUGAAAGUGUGACCCGAGGAAGAGGCGGGCACAGGGACUGGGUGGUGGCUUUAGACAGACAGUGGAGCCCAGCCCUCUGACCCUCCACCCCGGGUAGCCAUGUAAUGCCAGUCACUGCCCUUUCCUUCAUGCUGUAUAAAAACACACACAUAUAUCUGUGUAUUUGUAACCUGAAUCUUCUUGUGUCUGUCCAUGCAGACAAUAAAAAAACUGUACAGUAGGUCUAGUUGCAUGUAAUCUGUACUAAUUAUUGACAAUGGCAUUAUAAAAUGCAAUAAAAUA